GUUCGACAGGUUGGCGGCAGUGCGGCCUGAAAGCAGUCGCUCGCUUCAAAAGAAUCGAAGCAAAGAUGGACUCCUAAGAAAUUUUAUAUACAGCGGUCUCGUACGACUUUGGAGUAACUCCGUUGUGCUCGGUGGUUAAAUCUCUGCCCGGUGGACGCCCGUGGGGCCGACGUUCUUUUAUGAUCACGCUCGCGGUGUGAACGCGAUGAUCGUGCAGGAACCAGUGCAGGCGGCCAUAUGGCAUUGUUUGAAUCAUUAUGCCUAUCCAGAUGCUAUAUUCCUGGCAGAAAGGUUGUGUGCAGAAGUGGACACGGAAGAAAGUUUAUUUCUUUUGGCAACAUGUUACUAUCGUUCGGGCCGGAUUAGGCAAGCUUAUGCCUUAUUAUCCCAGAAAGCACCUAGUUCGGCACAAUGUAGAUUUUUACUAGCAAAAUGUUGUUACGAUCUGGAAAAAUAUGCGGAAGCGGAAGCUGCGAUAAUUGGCGGAUAUUACAAGCAGUUAAAGAGUUUGGAAGAGAUAAUAAGUCAAUUUGGGGAACAGGCAUGUUUUUCUCUGCAGAUAAUAGCAAAGAUUUAUUAUAAGAUGAUGCGCACUGCGAGAGGCAACGAGGCGCAUAAGUUAGCUUUAAAAGUGAAUCCCUUUCUCUGGCAUUCGUUUGAAGAGCUAUGUAAUGUCGGCGAAAAAGUGGAUCCAGCCAAGAUUUUUCAAGUAGACAAACUAGAUUCCUUUGCUAUGUGCCAUGGUACUGUGUCUACGCUCAAUUAUGUCACCGAACCGGAUUUUAUUGUACCUGGAAAUAAUGCCAACAGUACACCUAUAUCAAACGGCACUAACUUAACACCGGUGAUGGCACCAACGCUGAUAAAUGGCGGCCAGGUACGCUUGUGUUCCUCCAUAGAGGAUACUCCACAAAACAAUGCACCAAUGCAAAUGCAUUACAAUUGCACUUCGAUACCGCCGAGAGUCAAGUUGUCACGCUAUCGAAGUAUGUUUAGCAAUCCCAUGAGUCCGCUCACGCCUAGCUUUGGUAUUUUGCCGCUGGAAAAUAAUACACCCGAGCCGACUCCACCCUCGCACACAACUCUCAUGGAGGCCAAUGAUCAGAAGAGCUUAGCAAAACGCGUCAGCAGUCUGAGAGCUCAUGUAGGACAAUUAAUGUCGAGAAAAGAGACUCCAUUACAGCAAGGCAAGUCGGUAUUUUCCCAAUCGGGUAAUGCAAGUAAUACUGCCAACAUCGUGACAGUGACAGCCGCUAAUCCGACUUCACCUCCGUCACCGACGUUUCAGAGUACCAAUGUUAGACGUUCGUCGCGACUCUUCAGUCAUAAUUCAGUAAAAGAGAACAAUAAGUCACCUAAUAGGAAUAAAUUUGCAACUCCAAAGUCUCCAUCUCGAAAGACGAAAGCAAGACUUGCUAAAACAAAUUUGAAUAAGACCAAUUUUAACGAAUUAAACGAAAGAAAUAGAAAUGAGAAGGAAAAGAGCGAAACCAUCACGUCGGAAAAAGCUGUAGCUAAUGCGAAUGCGCUUAACGCCCAAAAUAAUAAUAUUCAUUCCGGAAUAACAUUGCAAAAGCAAUCAGCGGAGGGAUUGAUGUCUUUGUUGCGAGAAUUAGGAACAGCGUAUCAGCAUUUGAGUCAGUUUAAAUGUACACAGGCUGUUGAGAUUCUAAGUAUACUGCCAAGACAACACUAUAAUACUGGUUGGGUACUUUCUAUGUUGGCUCGUGCACACUUUGAAAUGAUGGACUAUAAAAAGGCUGCUAGUUAUUUUGCAGAAGUGCGACAGUUAGAGCCACAGAGAACAGAGCUGAUGGAAAUUUAUAGUACUGUUCUUUGGCAUCUGCAUGCAGAAGUGCAGUUGUCUACGCUUGCUCAAGAUUUGGUUUUACAAGACCGUAAUUCAGCGGCAGCAUGGUGCGCCACAGGCAACCUAUUCUCGGCGCAAACGGAACACGAGACAGCGAUUAAAUUUUUCCAAAGAGCUAUUCAGGUGGACCCUAAUUUUCCAUAUGCCUAUACAUUGCUGGGACACGAGUAUGUCUUGACCGAGGAGCUAGAUAAGGCAAUUACUGCUUUCCGUAACGCUAUCAGACUUGAUCCCAGGCAUUAUAAUGCAUGGUUCGGACUGGGAACGAUAUUCUCGAAACAGGAACAAUAUAGUUUGGCGGAGUUACACUUUAAACGGGCCUUACAAAUAAAUCCGCAGAAUUCUGCGCUAAUGUGCCACAUAGGUGUCGUGCAACAUGCUCUGAAAAAAACCGAUCAGGCAUUAAAGACUCUGAAUACUGCGCUAUUGAAUGAUUCGGAUAAUACUUUAUGCAAGUUCCAUCGCGCGAGCAUCAACUUCUCUAUCGGUCGACACAUGGAAGCUCUCAGAGAGUUCGAGGAGCUAAAGAAUAUUAUACCCAAAGAAUCUCUAGUCUAUUAUUCGAUAGGAAAGGUGCAUAAAAAAUUAGGCAAUACCCAUCUCGCAUUAAUGUACUUUAGUUGGGCGACAGAUUUAGAUCCAAAAGGUGUUAAUAGUCAAAUUAAGGAAGCUAUUUUGAGUCCUGGUCAGGGAGAUGACGAUUCUCCACCAACGCAAUCAGAUACUUACCCCAAUUUACUAUAUCAGAUGAGCAACAAGCACAAAAUAAUUCAAUGGAACAGGAUAUUGAGACGAAUAGAGAAGGAAGUGCUGCACCUCUUGCCGGAAAUGUUUCCGUUGAGCCUCAUGGUGAGGAUAGCGACGACAGUUUAUGAAAACGAUAUGCGAGACUUCCGUGAAAAGAACGAAAUAUUAUUAUUCUCGUUAUGGAUCAUUCGAAUUAUUUAUUCGCCGGCCUGGCUUCACUUGCGGAAUCGAUAAAAUUAUUGAUACGAUAUUAUUGAUUUUUUUAAUCGAACAGUUGUCGACAUUUUUCUCGCAAACUGCCCCGUCUAUGCGACAUGCUUAAGUUAAAAGAAAUCAUUAUAAUAUUAUCUCCUCGCGUCAUCAAUUUUUAUUUACCUUGCACGAAAAUCAUGCAAGUUCUUUUAUAUAUAUAUAUAUAUAUAUAUAU